CUUAAUUUAAAACUCAAUAAAUAAAUAAAUAAAUAAAUAACAAACUUCCCAAAAAAUCCGAACCUCUUUUCCCGGUAACCCUUCCAAACAAUCCCCUCAUAAAUUGCAGCCUCUUCACACGUAUAUAAUCCUUCCCUCCCAUCAAUCACUUCCAUUUCACACACCCCCUUACUUCCAUUAUUCCAUUCUCUCUCUCUCUCUCUCUCUUUAAUCCUAAAACAACCGAAACGCGUCGUCUUACGUCCUUUCCCCAUAUCACCCGCUUUUAAUUCUGCGCAAAAGCUGGCUUCCAGAAUCAUCAUAGUUUGAACCCCACCUCCUUACUUAUUGCUCCGAAAUUUGGAAUCUUUUUAUCCAAUAGCUCGGAGCAUAAAUUAAAUAAAAUUAUUUAUAAAUUAACAAAUUACAAUACAAUCGAUAAUGGGUAAAGGAAGUAGAGAUUGGUCACAGAUCUAUGCAAUCUACGGCAUGGAUGAAUGGCAAACAUUCUUGUUUCUAUUCUUCCAUGCUUUGAUCUUCUCUCUAUUAUCUGUAUUCAUCCUUCAUUUCUUUGCUCCUUUUACGAGUGUCCUAUCCGCUCUUCGGGUGUUCUCUUUGCUGCCGCCGGGAUCUGCGAGGUUUGUCGCCGGGUUGAUUGGUUCGGUGACGGCUUUGAUCGCGGUGUGCCUGCUGUUUGCGGCGGCGAAUUUCUUAUACUCAGCUGUGCCGCUGCGGUGGGAGAUCUCUCAGCGGAUGAUCUCCGCUGUUACUGAUUGGUCUAAUGUUAAGACUGCUCUUGAUGUUGGUUGCGGCAGAGGUAUUCUCCUAAACGCGGUCGCUUUACAACUAAAGAAGCAAGGAUCAUCAGGCAUAGUAGUAGGACUAGACCAAAAGCGGUCAAUAACGUUACAAACGUUACAGACCGCUAGUCUAGAAGGGGUCCAAGAAUACGUCACCUGUCGAGAAGGUGAUGUAAGGAGGCUGCCCUUUCGAGACGACUACUUUGACGUGGUCGUUUCGGGGGCAGCGAUAAGGCGGGCCGGGGCAAAGGAGGAGCGAGAGAGGGUGGUAGGAGAGAUGGUUAGGGUGUUGAAGCCAGGUGGGGUAGGUGUAGUGUGGGACCUACAGCACGUGCCGGAGUACGUGAGGAAAUUGCAAGAAUUGCGGAUGGAAGAGAUUCGGGUAUCGGAACGCGUCACUGCAUACAUGGUUAGUAGUCAUAUAGUGUCGUUUCGGAAGCCUUGUUAUCAGCAAUUACAGAAUAUGGUGGGCCCUGUUUAUUCUUAUGCUGGGGAAGUCAGACUUGACUGGAGAUGCCACAAUUUGUGCUAAUUUUUCCUUUAAGGAUUAUAUUACUUUCUUCCUUCACUUUUAGUUGCAUCAGUUUCACUAAAUGUGUGCGAGCUUUCUAAUUAAAUUGUUGCAACUAAAAAUGAACGAAAAAGUAUUACGGAGUAGUUUUUAUAUUUUUUUCUUUUAGGAUUUUGGGGAGGCGAAGCCAAACCAAGAUAAUUGAGUGAGAAAUUAGGGUGAGGAGAAACGGGGGAGAAUAUAUUAUAAUGCUCUCAACAAAAAGAGAUUGUGAAUAUUAAAACUCGAAAGUAUAUAUACUAUUAGUAUUAGUAUUAAUAUUAAUAUUAAUAUUAGUCUAGUACUAAUUAAUUUCCUAAUAAAACAAGUCCCACUUGUGUGUAGAUGAAUUCUCUUGGAACAGAUGAAAUUUUUACUCGUAUGGAUUGUAAAGUUUCCUCUAUAUUCAAGCUCAUGUAUACUUUUGACAUAUUACUAACGUUUUGACUUUCACACUUGUAACAUAUCGUUUGAGCUAAUGUAUACUUUUGAUAUAAUACCCUUGUUUUACUUUAACA